AUUUGCUUUGUGAAAUCUAUGCGUUUCACGAUUCAUACAGGAGGAAAGGAAACAGACAAAGAACGAAGUCAUUUUGAAGUUGAGAUUGUUUUGAGCGAAAGAUUAAGCUUGCCUUCAGCUUGUAGUCAGGCUGGCUGCAAGUUGAGCUUUUCGCGAUGACGAAACUCUACGCUCUUGAGAAUGCUGUAGUUCUUACAUCAAUCUUCGUACAUGCAGUUUCUAUUGAACUCAAUCUGUCCUCAAUUCUAUUAUGUCGGUUACAAGAACAAUCGCAAGCGAUUUGAUGAGAUUUACAACGGAAACAGUACUGGAGGAACACCAGGACAACUGCCCUUUCCUCCUUAUUACUGGUGGGAGUCUGGAGGGCUAUGGGCUUGCAUGAUCGACUACUGGUCAUACACUAAUGACACGACCUACAAUGAGGUGAUUGAAGAAGGAUUGCUGUAUCAGGUUGGCCCGAAUUGGGACUUCAUGACACCGAAUCAAACGCUUGGAAUGGGAAAUGACGACCAAGGGUUUUGGGGAAUGGCAGCUAUGACUGCGGCUGAAUUGAACUUUCAGAAUCCACCUUCAUCAGGAGCUCAGUGGUUAGGUCUUGCACAAGCUGUGUUCAACGAAUUUGCAGCAAGAGCGGCUCUCGAGAAAGAUUAUUGUGGCGGUGGCCUUCGUUGGCAACUGUACUUCUGGGAAGAUGGCUGGAUGUACAAGAAUGCUAUCUCGAACGCUUGCUUUUUCAAUCUGGGAGCACGUCUCGCCAGAUAUACCAAGAACGAUACCUAUGCUCAGAUCGCAGAGAAUACAUGGGAAUGGGUCACGGAAAUUGGGCUUUUGGAACUGCAGCUGUACAGUAAUGUCUCGAGCAUUUUUCAAGUCAACGGGAAAGGAGCUGGUGGAUAUAUUGCGUGGGAUGGAGCGACCGUGGAAAGCAACUGUACAGGCAUCAAUGGAAUUCCGUACACAUACAAUGCGGGCAUCUUUCUCCUUGGAGCUGCCACAAUGUACAAUUAUACGAACGAAUCGGCUAUCUGGGCCAAUCGCACUCAAUUGUUGUUGAAUGCCACAUUGAAUGUCUUCUUUCCAAAUGGCAUAGCUGUUGAGGUCAGUUGUGAGGGGAUGAAUGGCACUAAAGCUUGCGACACAGACAUGCUUUCGUUCAAGGCCUAUCUUACUCGAAGUUUGGGAGCAACUACCCAGAUGGCUGCUUUUACUAUCAAGCAGAUCAUGCCAGUCCUUGCAACUUCAGCUGCUGCUGCAGCUCUUCAGUGUUCAGGGGGAGCGAACGGGAGGAUGUGCGGACUUCAAUGGACUAAAGGAGCGGAUUGGGAUGGCAGUUAAGGAGCUGGAUAGCAAAUGGCUGCGAUGGAGAUUGUGAUGAGCAACAUGAUCAAUCUUGCCAAAGCCCCAGUGGCCAGUGACUCGGGGGGCACAAGUAUUGGGGAUCCAAGUGCGGGAACAAGGCCACCGAUUGUCACCAA